AUAUCGAAAAUUGCACACAAUAUAUAAAGUCUCUUUCAAUUUAUCUUCAAUGCCAAUCAACGCAAUCAAAGCAAUAAGUGAGGAUGGAACUUUUAUAUUUGAAUGGUGUGGUUUUUAGUGUUUCCUUUAUAGAUGAAGUUCUUGAUUGUCAAGGUUACCCAACGCCGGAGGAUGCCUGUUCACAAUCAUGCUGCAAUUAAUGAUAUGGCAGGAUUUCAUCAAAAAUAUAUUUGGAUAUGUUAUCCCCUGCAAUGAUUCCUUAAAAACAGUUUCCAGAGUUUGGACCUGUCCCAAAAAUUUAUCGGAACUCGAAAAAGCAAUUGAAAGAAAAAGCUGCUACAAGUGGAAACACUCCUGCAAGUCUUUUGAGUAUCACUGUGUAAGCAAUGAGUGGACGAAUGAGACAAUAGAAGUUUGUGCCCCGUCACUGCUGAUAAUUGGUGGAAUAUGUGCUGAGUUCAACACAGACAGAAGAAGUGUCCGUGCCAAUUAUUUAACAGAUUGCAAAACGUCUUUCCUUGGAUGCCCAGAUUCAUAUAAUUCGACAACAUCAUAUAAAUAUUUUGGUUGUUUACCUAACGUCACAGAAAGAAGGGUUACUACUUUGCAAACAAUACUAUCAUCUCAACAUCUACAGGAAACUUCACAAUCAAAUACAGUUGAUAAAAUCCAUAAGAAAAAUGUGAGCAAAAGUACCCUUCUUAUUUGUAUGAUUGCAAUCACUCUCAUGGCAGGAUGUUUAACUGGAUUAUUGGUGUACUGCAUUAGGAAACGCGGUUUCAGCUUUCAAUUGUGAACAGAAAAAUAUCAAAACAAAAGACAAAACGAAAUCCAGGACACUGUAGAUAAAGAAACAGCGGCAACAUUG